AUGGUAAUUAAUGAAAGUGCUGACCAUGAUGAAAUUAAUACAUAUUUAGACUGUUGGUUUGUUGCCGCAUCAGAGGCUCUUUGGCGAAUAUUUGAGUAUUUCAUAAGUGAUAUGUUACAUACUAUUAACCACCUUCAAGUCCACCUUCCUGAUAGUCAGAGAGUAUAUUUUAAAGAAGGAGAUGAACAAGUAGCUAUAGAUUGUGCAAAGUCUUUUGAGGAUUUGCGUACUGUUCAUGGUACUGUUUUUAAUACAUUUCGUGAAGCAUGUUAUCAUUUAGGUUUAUUGCAAGAUGACAUUGAGUGGAUAAAUACAUUAACUGAAGUUGUUGUAACUCGGAUGCAUAAAAAAGUUAGGCUACUGUCUUCCAUUAUACUUACUUUAUGUGAACCUAAUGAUCCUUUACGCCUUUGGAAUACAUUUAAAAUUUAUAUGAUAGAUGAUUACAUACACCAUUCAAUUGGAAAAACCUUAGCUAAUUAUAAUUUUCCUGCUUUAGACGAAUUUUUAGAUAAUGUCCCAGAAAAUGAUGAUAAAGAUGUUCAGGUGUUUGUUGAUGAAGCAAAUCGAGUAAGACCGUUAUUGAGUAAUAAUCAGCGUAAUGUAGCCGAUGCGGUCCUUGCUGCACUAAUUGAGGAAUCUACUAAUGAAAAUAAGCAUUCAAGAUUGUUCUUUUUGUAUGGGCCUGCCGGUUGUGAUAAAGCAUUUACUUACAAUUAUUUAAUUGCUGAAACACGAAGCAGGCAUAUUAGAACUGCAACAGCUGCGUGGACAGGAAUAGCUGCAACUCGUCUCAAAAAUGGGUGCACAAUGCACAGUUUAAUCAAACUUCCUGUUCCAUUUUUGGAAACUAGAACGUGUAAUGUAACUCCAAACUCUAUUCAUGCAUCUAUGAUACCUAAAUAUGCUUUGAGUGCCAUUGAUAAGCUAUUGCAAGAUAUUUGUAAUAACAACUUUCCUUUUGGUGGUAAGGUUGUUGUUAUGGGUGGAGAUUUCAGACAAAUACUUCCAGUUGUGAAGCGAGGUCGACCAGCAGAAGUUAUAGAAUCAUGUUUAAAAUGUUCUGAACAUUGGCAAUAUGUGCAAAGGUUCUCAUUAACUUUAAAUAUGAGGGUUCAGAUAGAAGAAGAGGGAUUUUCUCAAUGGCUUUUAAAGCUUGGAAGUGGAACAUUACCUGUCAAGCUUGAAGAUCCUUUGCGAGGGUGUAUUGAAAUACCUAAGCAGUGCUUUCUCAGUAAUAAUGAAUCUAUUGUGAAGAAGAUUUUCGGUGGUGCAGAAGAAGCUGAUUAUGCAAAACGUGCUAGUUUAACGCCAACAAAUGUUGAUUUAUUUGCAAUAAAUGAAGAAGUCCUUCAUUGUUUAUCCGGUGAUGUGAAAACAUAUUUAAGUUCAUAUAGCAAUGAAACUGAUGAUUGUAAUAAAAUUAAUAACUUUCCAGUCAAGUUUUUAAACAGUUUGACUCCAUCAGAUAAAGUUGUAUCCUUGAAAGAUAUGCUGGUAAUAUUAUCACAAUGGGCAAGCAUUAAAGUGAAACUUGGUGAACUACAAAAUACAUCAAAUUCAGUUAUAGAAAUUUGA